GUCUCGGGCUCCCUCCGCUGGCGGGCGGGCGGGGAGGGGGUGUGGCCGGCCCCUCGGGCGCUCUUCCUGCCGUUCGGAGACGUCCUUGAGCGAAGGGUAAAAGCAGCCGCCCCUCCUCUUCCUUCACCUCCUCUAUUGCUGGCGCUCGCCGCGCCCCCCCUCGGGCUGUGCGUUGCUGUGCAGGAGGGGGAAGGGCGGGCGGCGGCGGGGACCAGGUCAUUAUUUAUAAUGUAGCUGCAUCUGAAGAAAUACAAAGUGGCUUUUUGUCAUGCUGACUAACAACACAGCACAUCAUUUAAUGGUACGUCAAGCAAUGAUUCCAAGAAAGCUUAAGGUGUUUCCCUAUGUUUGUGGCAACAGAAUGUUGUCGGGUUACAAACCUAAAAGCAACAUCAAGGACUCUUACAAAAUUCUUGAGCUUGAGGAAGGGUGUUCUCUUGAUGAUAUCAGAAACUCCUAUCGAAGUCUUGCCAAAAAAUACCAUCCAGACAGCAGCUCUGCCACAGCUGAUUCAGAAGCAUUUAUGAAAGUAGAAGAAGCAUAUAGAGUUGUGCUCAGUGAUGUGGCAACCAAAAAGAAAUCAAAAGAGAAUAAUGAGGAGGAGGAAGACCAGUUCAAACCAAAAGCACCACAGCAUAGACACUACUUGAGCUUUGAAGGUGUUGGUUUUGGAACACCAAGCCAAAGAGAAAAGCAAUACAUGCAGUUUCGAGUAGACCGUGCUACUGAACAAGUGUUGGAAUACCGGAAGCAGAGACUUGAAAGCCAGUAUGCUGCCACUGAUCUAAUGAAAGCCAAAGAUGUGAAGCAGAGCAAAAAGGUGAAAAUAACUCAGGCAGUUGAACGGUUGGUUGAGGACCUCAUCCAGGAAUCGAUGGCAAAAGGAGACUUUGACAACCUCAGUGGCAAAGGGAAACCUUUGCAGAAGUUUUCCGACUGUCCACAUAUUGACCCCAUGACUCACAACUUGAACAGGAUUCUGAUAGACAACGGAUACCAGCCAGAGUGGAUCCUGAUGCAGAAAGAAAUACGGGAAACUAUUGAGCGGUUAAGGAAGAGUAUUGUGGCAUCUAGAAGUAAGCUUGGAAGGCCAAUGACACCAUAUACGCAAAAGCAAUGGAAUGGUAUUUGUGAGCAAUUUAUAGAAGAUAUCAGGAAAUUAAACAAAAGAAUUGACAGCUUCAAUUUAGUUGUCCCUAUUCUGAGCAGACAAAUGGUGCACUUCAGUGCAGACAAAGAAAUUGUUCGAGCACAAGAGACUUAUGAAGCGUUGAUGGAAAACAGAGAGGCUUCUAAUUCAGACACAAAGGAAAAUGAAGAGGAAAAUGUUAAAAGGUUUGGAUGGAAGUCUUCUCUAUUUAAGUGGUUAAACCUUCCUGUGAAAUAAGAUAAUACUAAUUCAUCUGUCUUGUCAAGUUUUGAAUGCACUUUAUUGAUGAAACUUGUAGCACUAGAGAAAUUUCAGGUACACUGAAAAUCUAAAAUCCAGCUGUCCACCAUUACUCCAGUUAAAGGAAUUGGUUUGUCUUUUGCCUUCGCAAGUUCUCGAUUUGUGAAUAUUGUUAAGGAACAAAUAAAUUCAGUCAUACUCUUGCAGCUCA